AGCUAACAUGUCUGGACGCGGCAAGGGAGGCAAAGGACUGGGGAAAGGAGGCGCCAAGCGUCACCGCAAAGUUCUCCGUGAUAACAUCCAGGGAAUCACCAAACCCGCCAUCCGCCGUCUGGCUCGCCGCGGCGGAGUGAAGCGUAUCUCCGGCCUGAUCUACGAGGAGACCCGCGGCGUGCUGAAGGUGUUCCUUGAGAACGUCAUCCGCGAUGCCGUCACUUACACCGAGCACGCCAAGAGGAAGACUGUGACCGCCAUGGAUGUUGUCUACGCCCUCAAGAGGCAGGGACGUUUUUCCCCCACGGCCAUCAGGCACUUAAACAAUAACAAGAUCUGCAUGGCAAGAACCAAGCAGACAGCCCGUAAGUCCACCGGUGGCAAAGCCCCCAGGAAGCAGCUUGCCACCAAGGCCGCUCGCAAGAGCGCACCCGCCACCGGCGGCGUCAAGAAACCUCACCGUUACAGGCCCGGCACCGUGGCCCUCCGUGAGAUCCGUCGCUACCAGAAGUCCACCGAGCUGCUCAUCCGCAAACUGCCCUUCCAGCGCCUGGUCAGGGAAAUCGCCCAGGAUUUCAAGACCGACCUCCGCUUCCAGAGCUCCGCAGUGAUGGCUCUCCAGGAGUCUAGCGAGGCAUACCUGGUCGGUCUGUUUGAGGACACCAACCUGUGCGCCAUCCACGCCAAGAGAGUCACCAUCAUGCCUAAAGACAUCCAGCUGGCCCGCCGAAUCCGCGGAGAGAGAGCAUAAGCUUCUAACUCUUCUACCACAACGGCUCUUUUAAGAGCCACCACACCUUCAACUAAAGUCAUUCUUGCUACAAUGUAACCAUAGACAACUUGGUAUUACUAUUCUGACUGUAUUCUUUAAUAGUUGUAGUUGAUGUCAUAUAUACCUUAAUUCUAUCAUUAAUAUCCAUACUCAAAUAGUCUAGGUAAUUUUAUGGUAUGUAAUUGAAAGAAUUAAGGGUGUUUCAUACUGAUCCUUACCUUCAAUAUAUCUGUCAUUAUUUUUUAAAAUUGUAUCUCUAAUAUAUUCCAAUAGUUUGAUUUGCAUUCAAUUAAUCUCUAAUACUAAUCUUAAUCUUGUAUGUUCAUCCAUAUACUCAAAAUUAUUCUUUAAUGGUUAAAUUACUUUUUUAAAAUGUUUUUUGUCAGUUUUCUCAUUUUCUUAUUUGAUUUUGAAUUUUAUU